AUGGAGGAAGUCGAUAUUACGAUUGUUGGUGGCGGUCCUACCGGCCUUUUUGUUGCCCUUCUUCUUCAACCGUUGGGCAUCUCAGUCCGCGUCCUGGACGAGAAGCCUUGCUCUUUGGAGCUUGGUAGAGCUGAUGCUCUGAAUGCCCGAACACAACAGUAUUUCGAGGUUGCUGGUAUCCUUGAUGAGCUGCUCACAGAUGGUCUGAAAUGCAACACCAGUUCAACUUUCAAAGCUGGCGACUUCAAAUCUCGUCAGAACGAGUGGUGGGUUGGCAUCGAGCACGCCCUCCACAAGAACUUCCUCAUGAUCGGGCAACCUGUUGUCGAACAGGUUAUGCGCAAUCGUCUAGGCGAUUCUGUCAGCUAUAAUGAACAUGUCAUCAACAUCGCUGAGGAUGAAGAGUCUGCUACAGUAAUGACAAAAUCUGGUCGAAAGGUUUCCAGCAAGUAUGUCGUUGGUGCAGAUGGUGCACGAUCAUUCAUCAGAAACACUCUGAGAAUUCCUUUCACUGGUACCAAACCUGAGAUGACAUGGGCAGUUCUGGAUACAUUUCUAGAUACUAACUUUCCCGUGUGUCCUGAGAUUAUCACCUUUGAGCUUAAUGAAGAGUCUCGGGUGGCAUGGAUUCCAAGAGAACGAGGCAUGUCUCGAUUCUAUGUUUUACUCAAGGGUGAGAUUACUCAGCAGUUGGCGGAAGAGUCUAUCAAAGAGCAUCUCUAUCCGUACAGAGUCGAGUUUACCAAGACUGAGUGGUUCAGCACGUUUCAUGUCAAGGAGCGCCUUGCUAGCUCCUUCAUCUCCAAAGAAGGCCAUGGGAGAAUAAUUUUGGCUGGCGAUGCUGCACAUGUUCACUCUGUCAACGGUGGUCAAGGUCUCAAUACAGGUGUUUCGGAUGCCUUUGCUCUGGCAUGGCGUUUAGCAGCACUCGCACGACCUUCCAACCUUACCACUGAAUCAAAGAAGGCUAUUCUUGACAGCUAUGAUAUUGAGCGUCGAUCCACAGCUGCUCAAGUCAUCGGAGUGGCUGCAGCACUAGUCAGGGACACGGUGCAUACAGCCAAGAAAUACGUCUCCACAAUCGAACGAAAUGCCGGCUUCAUCACAGGCAUGGGUGUCAACUAUAGCGAAUUCGCCACUCCGUUAGUGCAGGGUGUUGAACACGGCAUAUGGAGACCUGGAUUUAGAUGUCCAGAUGUUGUCAUGAACGCAACUUCCGGGGAGACCACGCGACUCUAUCAGAACGUUGGAUAUGGCGAAUUCAUCGUCUUGGUUAUUGGCAAACGUCUUCCCAAUGGGUCGACUGCGGCUCCUGUUUACACCAUCUUACCUGAUGAUACGACCAAUGGCCAUGUCCAGUUGGAUCAGGACAGGGAUUGUGACAAGACUUUCUUUGCUGAUUGGGUAAACAAGGCCUCGGCUAUUGUGAUUGUUCGGCCGGAUAUGUAUGUCGGAUAUGUUGGCACGGCCGAAGAUGAGGCAUGGAAAAACUAUUUGGAUGCUUACUACGUAAAGUUUAGAUGA